UAGUUACGCCAAUGCCAGUGCUAAAAUAGCGAGGCGUCCACGCUGCGUGGCAACGCGGGCGACCUGGCAUGCGGUCAGAUCUGGGUCGAUUUAAGAUUCGUUGCGUUUUGUGUGGAAACCUGGAUUACGGUUCAACCUUAGGGCCUCUGUUAGAUUCAGUACGCUUCUCGAAGAAAGACGAUGGAAAGUAGCACGAAGAAGAGGGAAGAAAACACCGGAGAUUACGAGUACGACAGAGACUUCAAGGUCAAGAAGGCAAGGUUAAACUCGACUCUCGCCGCUCUUCUUGACGAUCCCGUACUUGCCGAUGUCCCCAAGGAUCCGACCCUGUCGGACGUGGACACCCUCAUCAGCCUCGAGUUGGGCAGCGCCAUGCGCGUCUCCGUCCUUAAGUUGGACGGCAAUUCCUUCGAUGUGGCAUUGGUGAAUUCGGCGACGGUGAAGGAUUUGAAGCUUGCAAUAGAGAAGAAAGUGAACGCCAUGGAGCAAUCCCACAUGGGUCAUCGUCACAUUUCAUGGAAGCAUGUGUGGGCGAAUUAUUGUCUUUCGUGCAAUAAGGAGAAGCUACUAGAUGAUCACUCUGUGCUUCAGGAUUUUGGCAUACGUAAUAAUUCUCAGGUACAUUUUAUCCCCUAUGUGAUGUCAAAGGGUUUUCAACGGCAUUCAAAGAGGAGAAAGCAUCGUUUCUUUCAUGGUCUGAACAAGCGUGGAUGAAUAAUCAAUCAUGUUGCAUGAUCGCACGGUGUUGCAUAGGACAGGUCCUUUAUGUUUUGAAGCAGUGUUGAGGAGAAUUAAUUUUGGGUAAAUUUGAAGUUGGGAUGGGGAGGUUGAAGGGGCUGUUGAGUUUUGGCUAGCAUUUUUUGUUGCAGGGUGGGCAUUCACCCUAUGAACUAUUUUGGUAUGCCAUUGGGUUCAUCUUACAGGGUGAUUUCAUUGUGAAAUAAAGUUGCGCAGAGGAUGGAGAACGCUUAGCGGUGUGGAAGAAAUUCUCUGUUUUUGCCUUUUGGUGCAUGAUCAUUGAUUAUGCCGGAAGAUUUUGGUGCAUGGGGCGGCCCAAUUUAAAUUGAGGCCUAGGGCUACAACUCUAGAAGGCCUUUUUAAUUUUGAUACAGUAAUAUAAUAACCUAUCAUGUUGAAUACAGAUACCAUAAAUUUUUAUAGUAAA